AUGGAACCAGCCAUUGCUUCUAAUGUUAUGUAUCACUCCACAGCCAAAGGAGUAUGGACUGAUCUUCGUGAGACAUAUUCCCAGGCCAAGAAUGUGUCUCGCAUUUAUGAAAUAUAUGAGAAACUGUUUACACAUAAGCAAGGGGAUAGGUCUCUCAGUGAAUUCUUUGGCAGUUUUAAGGGACUUAUUGAGGAACUUCAAGUGUACCAGCCCUUUGCUACUGAUGCCGAGGUGCUUUCCUUGAAUGAGACAUUUGGUCGUCUUCAGCGCCUGUCUUCUGCACCCAAGAAUGAUUCAUCCUCUGAAAAGGAUUCUUCUACAUUUGUUGCUAGCCGGGGCCGAGGGUCCUUCUCCUCUGGUAAGGGUGGUAGCCAGGGCCGUGGUCGUGGCCGAGGGAAUGGUGGUCGUGGAUCUGUUGGUCAGUUUGUUGAUAAAGCUGCUCGUCAUUUUUCUCCUACUCCUAACAUUACUUUAUCAUCUGUCUUGCAUGUUCCUCAAUUACCAUUAAGUUUAUUAUCUGAUCUUCAGACCGGGUCGACGAUUGGUGGCGGGCUUGAGCAGGCCGGCCUCUACUAUUUGGAUGGAACUGGACCUUCCAGUGCUGCUACUGCAUCUACUCAUCCCACUUCUCAUCAGUGGCAUGUUUACAAACGGCGCAAGGCUACAGUUCCAUCUGCUACAGUACCGGCUCCUGCUCUACCUUCCACCGAUGUUGCACCGGCUGAAAUUCUGGCUGAAGUUCCUUCACCAGACUUACCCAUUGCUAAAAGGAAAGGUACUCGUUCUUGUACUACUCGUCCUGUCUAUCCUAUUGAGGAUUGUUGGAAUUUCUCCUCUUCCUUGCCCUUUCGUAAUGUUGCUUUCUCCUUGUCCUCAUCUUUUGUGCCCAAAACUCAUAAGGAGGCACUUUCUCACCUUGGUUGGAAGGGUGCUAUGGAUGUGGAAAUGGAUGCUUUAUUAUCUUGUCAGACAUGGACAUUGGUGGAUUUGCCUCCCGGUAAGGAUUUGAUGGAUAUCAAGAAUGCACUCCUCUAUGUUUUCAUCCGUCGCCAAGGUUCCAAGCUGGUGGUACUUGUGGUGUAUGUUGAUGACAUUAUCAUAUCUGGUAAUGAUGAGUCUGGCAUUGCAGAUGUCAAAUCCUAUCUACACAAGCAGUUUCAGAUGAAGGAUUUGGGUCACCUUAGUUAUUUUCUUGGCAUUGAAGUCCUCCGGAGUAAAAAGGGUAUCAGUCUAUCACAGCGAAAGUAUGUGUUAGACCUACUAUCUGACACUGGCAUGUUAGCUUCUAAACCAGCCGAUACUCCCAUGGAUCCUCAUCAGAAGUUUGGCAAAGAUGAUGGGGAUAACUUUGAUGACGAGGCAGCCUGUCGCAUCUUGAGGUAUUUGAAGGGUGCUCCAGGGAAAGGCCUUAUCUAUCAGCCACGUAACAGUGUUGAUCUUGUUGGAUUUUCCGAUGCUGAUUGGGCUGGUUUUGACAGUGAUCGACGUUCUACUACUGGAUAUUGUACUUUUGUUGGAGGAAAUCUAGUAACUUGGCGGAGUAAGAAGCAGGCUACUGUAUCUAAGUCUAGUGCAUAA